UUGGAGGAGGUUGUGUUUGUGUUUUCAGUGAAGCAGAGGGACACUGAGGACCAGACCCGAUCUGCGAUGACAACUGAGAGAAUACAGCCAGUUAACUAGCUCACAAUUAUUAAUACCGGGAUACCAGGUCAUUUAUCGAAGUCACUGCCUCGUGUUAAGACAGCGCACCGAGUUCCAAAUAUCCUGCUCACAUCUCCGCGCGGCACCGGAGCUUUCCUCAGUAAGGGCCCAGAACUUUGCCGAGGGAUGCAUCGUUAACGGGGGUAUCACGGCAACUGCUGCUGACACUCCUUCGGGGAAGGUUGGUGCGUUUGGAAAGUACAGCGUAACUCUGCAAAGGAAUUUCGUCUGUGUAUUAUGUUGACACGCUGAGCAUGUAAAGGUUUUUCAAAAUUCUGCGACUGUGAUCCAAUGAAACUCUAUCCAUGCAAAGUGUAAAACAGUGACUAUCGUCGCUAUUCUACAUAUCACGAGUAGCAAGUGUGACUGCAUAUAGGAUUGUGAUUCUGCUCCUGAAGAGCUGCUGUCUUGUUCAUGUGCUGUUCUCAUUUUUAUGUCCAGCAGUUGCACUCCAGCAUAUCUGUGCUCGGUGUGUGUAUCAGUGUGGGUUAUUCACGGUGCUGCUAUGCAGACUGACUGGAGCCACGCUCAGACAGUUCCACUGUAACCCCAAUUCUGAGGCGAAGGCCUGGACUGCAUUCACAGAAAGAAACCUUUACAGCAGGGGAUGAGUACUCUGCACUUCUCAAUCCAGAGGGACAACUUGUGCUGAGCAGCAGAUGUUACACAGCUUUAUGUACUAACGUGGAUUAUUCAGGAUGCUGCUGUGCAGACAGAGCGGAGCCACAGAAAACUUGUUGAUAAAAUUGAAGUAACACAUGAUUAUGCAGCUACCCAUGCAGUGAAAUAGCAUUUGUUACACAGUUAUAAGCUGAGGCUUUGUCUGCUAUUUUUGUUAUUGUUGGUGUGGAUAGUAUAUUCCUGGAUGAAACAUUGGGACUAGGACCAAAAGUUGUGUCUGAAACCCAAAUGUACCCUUUGUCUUUUUUGUGCAGUAGCGAAGUACAUUCUUCCAGGAGAUGAAGGUUUAGAAAGCUGGUGGUCACUCUUACAUAGUGAAUGAACUGAAACAUUUUAUUGAACUUUUUUAAGAUUUUGUAGUUAAUAUACAUUUCCAAAUAUAUUUUUUUGUGUGUUGAACUUAGAUUUUUGUUAAAAAUUUAUUUGACUUUAUCUAUUAGUUACCAUAACUGUGGCAAAAUGAAGAAUCCUCUUCCUCUGAGUAAUACCUGGAACAGACCUGUUAACAAAAAUCCAGUACUGAUCUCUCUGCCGAGCACUAACAAGAAGUUCAAGAGGAAGUCCCGUGAACCUAAAAGGUUUUUCACUGGCCCUGAGCCUGAGAGGAUGAAAACCUGCCAAGUUGAUGUGUCUGAUGUAGACUGGGUAGAUGACACCCAUACAGAGUCACAGAAUGUCCACAAGUUGGCUCCACUCCAGAGACACCUGAUGAUGUCACAGGAGGCAAUGGCCAGUACUACAGGGUUUCUGUCAGGAUUUAAAGAAGAUAGCAUGGCUACAGCUCAGAGUGGUGCCAUAGACAUGAGAAUUGGCAGUGAUGUGCCUGCUGCUCCUUCCAAAGUUUCCCAGGUACCCGCCUCCCCAUUCUCUAACCCAGAGAUCUCCCAUUGGCCCACCUCGAUCUCCCAGCCUCUGUCCAGCAGACUAAAACUGGGCCUCCACUCCAUAUUCCCUCUUUCAACAUCAACCUGCAACAGCCACUCAGCCAGCCACCAGGCCCUUUCCUUGGAACUUUCUCCAGGCCAGUCUGCAGCUCUGUCUAUCCCCAGAGUCUCCCAGUCCUCUGAGUCCUCCGAACACAUGGAUCCCCAAGUCGAAUCACAUAAGGAGUCUCCCAGGAAGCGGGUUGGGUUGAGUGCUGAUGGACCCGGGCGUCUUCCAGAAGUUAAAGCCAUCCAGCAGACCAGGAGGCUGCUAGCUAAUGCCAGGGAGAGGACCCGUGUCCAUACCAUUAGCGCUGCAUUUGAGGCUCUAAGGAAGCAGGUUCCAUGUUACUCAUAUGGCCAGAAGCUCUCCAAACUGGCUAUAUUACGUAUAGCCUGCAAUUACAUCCUGUCUCUGGCUCAGUUAGCUGAGCUGGACUACAGUUCAGAUCACAGCAGUCUGAACUUCUCUCAGUGUGUCGAACAGUGCACAAGGACCCUGCAGGCUGAGGGAAGGAGCAAGAAGAGGAAGGUUGGAAGAAUGCCAGAGGAUGUAUGAUGUUUUCAGACUGCUGUUACCAGAAUCGUCCCUUCUUAUGAUCAUACAACCAGCCUCAGGCUACAUUCUAUUGUUAGACUGUGUUGAAUAAAAAAAAUAAAAAGGCAUUCAGUUUUCAUGGGAAACAAUAACAUUUACUGCAAAAACAAAUGGCAUUUUAAAAAUAAUGACCUUAUGUAAUCCAAACAGAAUUCAGAUUUCCUGAGAAAUGGCUGAUUGAGUGUUUUCUUGGUGUUAUACCUGUAUCACAUAUAUCACAUGCUUGGAAGGUCUAAUAACUAGCAGUUAUGAUGAUAAUGAUGAUGUUAGUGAGGAUGAGCAAGAUUAUAAUUAAUAAUAGAUAGUAUUAGCAAAAGAUUUGGCUUGCACAACAAUGGUCAAGUCUGUGUAUCAAGUUUGGAGCAUUACAUGCUCAAAUUCCAAAAUGGAUAUGGCAAUUCAGUUCUGACUAUACCAUGGGUGCAGCGUGCAACAUAUUCUGUUCCAAGUCAGGCUACAGUACUAACAUCAUGUUCCAUACCAAACUCUUCUACGGUGGAAAGAAGCACAGGAUCACUGCAGAGAUUUUUCACCGAAUGACAAGCACUAUCAGGAGACAGCUGUUGUGAUUUGGUGCUGUAUAAAUCUAUAUAAAUAAAGUUGAAUAAUGUGUGUUUAAAACAGUGAAAAUGUUCGUUCUAACAUGGACUUACUUGACAUGGCAGUUACCCAAUUAUUUUCCCAAUAAAUAUGUUAGAGUUGA